AUGCCACCAAGAUCCUGGGCCCAGAUUGUCGGCAGCGGCGCUGGUAUGAAACCCAGCCCGCUGCGACAAGAUAUCACAAUCAACAUGUCUGAGUUCCCAUCUACCUUGAGUACAGUGCCCGUCACAUCUUCGGCAACCCUUGCCAUUGCCCAUGGCACCUGGGCUGAUGUGGCAGCACGCCCAGAUUCUGAAGUCUCCGCUUCUUUGGCCUCCAGCGAGACUGACUUGAAGACUGAGAGUGGUGUUGUUGGAGUUGGUCUCACAACUUCUCCCAAAAGCGAGACUUCUUCCUCCUCCUCCUCCAACAACACCACCGCCUCCUCGGGCCCCUCAAUAUCCUCCACUGUUGCUGCCAACACAACCACCAGAGCUCCUAUAAGCAACAUCGACAUGGUCAGCAAGAAGCGCCAGGCUGCGCAGGCCAGCAAGGCCAAGGCUAGGAGGUCGAUGAAGCAAGCCGUCGAUAGAGCCAUCGGCGUUCCUGCCAUUGUCGAGCCCCCCUCGCCGUCCGCAGGCAAGAAGAAGAGGGAGAAGAAGGUCAAGGAGGACAAGGGCAAGGGAAUCGCGGCCGACUCUUCCGAGGAGGAGGAUUUCGACGGCUUUUUCCCAGACGACGCCACCACCGCCGAGGAGAAGGCCGCUGCUGCUGCCGCCGCGGCCAAGAAGAGAGAGGAGAAUCUUGCCAAGGCCAAGCGGGCUUUCGAGGCUCUCGAGAGAGAUCGCCGCCGCCAGCUGUUCGAGUCCAGCGAUGGUUUCGAUGUCACCCUCAUCUUCGGCAAGGACAAGACGUGCUCCCUGGCUCAUCGAGAGAUCUUGAUCGCAGAGUCGACUUGGUUUGCUGAGCACCUUCCUCCUGCUGACGAGGACGGCCAGACGACUCUGUUCAUGGAAGGCUGUUCGGCCCCGAUGGUUGGUCCUGUUUUGUCCUUCCUCUACACCGGUGUCCUUCCUGGCAUGACCUUCGACCCGGCUCGCAAGUGGGACCUGCGUUUCGUCGUCUUCAACGUGACCAACUACCGCACCUCCGCCAAGCUCGAGAUCAAGAGCGGCCUGGACCACUUCCUCGGCAACAUCAAGGCAGCCGUCGACUACUACGGUCCCCUCCUGGGCGGCCAGUUCUACCACUACAAGUUCUACAAGAAGGGCUCCAUGGAGAGCCUCGAGAUCCCCCUGCGCAUGUGCUACAUCAACAUGUACGAGGAGGAGGAGAAGCCCGCCGAGAUGCGCGAGCUGAAGCUGCAGGUCGCCCGGCUGUUCAUGGUGGUGAUGCCCUUCGUCCUCCGCCAGCCGUCGUUCAAGGGCCCGAUCAAGCAGUACUGGACGUCUCUGAACUUCCCGUGGCGCGAGGACAUGAAGGGUUUCUACGAGGAAGGCCUUCUCAACGAGUACGCCCAGAUGUUCGACCGCAACGGCGACUGGAUCGACGAGGAGGACCCCGAGAGCGAGCCUCUGCCGGAGUGGCCCGCUGUCCCUGGACCCUCUUCUGCUGCGCCCUCUCACUACGCUGCGUCCAUCGACGAGAUGACCCAGAAGAUGAGAGAUGCCGGCAUUGCCAACUUUUGA